AUGGACUGUGGAGAUGGCUCAUCCCAAGCUACCAAAGUAGGGCCCAAUAAACCACCCCAAACCUCCCAAAAAAGGUCUCAAGAAGAUGUUUCACGCUUAAACAGGAAUGGAAACACUGCAAAGAAAAAGAAACAUGAAGGGGUUGUCAUAGACCUUUGUCAGGAUUAUAAUGUUCCAGAGCUCCAACAGCAGCUAUUCCAAGCAGCACCUACAGAGGAACUGGUUUCCUCUCUAAUUGGAUCUACUGGUCUUUCUUUCUCACGGGAAUCCAAAAACUAUAGUAGGAGUGUUGCUGUAUAUAUAUUCUUUUUCAGUAGGAACCUUGGUGUAAAGCCCUACGAACUUUUCAACAACAAACUCAUGGGAUACUUCCUCAAGAAAGGUGUAAGCAGAAACUUUGGAGUUUUCUUGGAUCCAAUAUACAAAGGCAAUUUGGAGGAACAUAUUCUCAAGAUGAAACAGUACAAUAUCGCUCUAGUAGAAGAAAGGAUGAGGGUUGUGGAAAACGUUUUGCCAAAGUCCCCUGGACCACAACAGAAGUCAAUUGUAACACUGACUAGGGAUGCUUGGGACAUGCUCAUCGUUAGUUCCACUAUUUCCCAUUGCUUGCGGUAUGCAUUGGAGUGCAUCAAUCCAAAAACAUGUAUCUCAUUUGCUACAACCUUUCGACAAGCUGUGGAAAUGACAGAAGAUUGUUUGACAAUGGAGCAAUACCGGGAAAGAGCAAUCAAUCUGUUACUUGCUUUGUCCAGUGCAGUUGGACCCCACCGUUCAUUGGACAAACAAAUAUCAGCAGUCCUUCAGGAUCCAAAGUCAACCCCAAGGCAACUUGCACAAUUAGUUGACCAGCAGGGUCAAAACAAAAAUCCAGAACAAGCAGAACGUCUUGCUUCUCAUUUCAAAGUGUUGCUGUUGGCCAUAUCCAAGUUUAAGCCCAAUGUGACAACACGCAAUCUUUCAAAAAAGACACUUUGCCAUGAUGGUGGCAAGACAAAAGGGGACUACUUUAAUAUUUGGUUGCCUACACUAGCUGUUGGCUUCUACAGCCUGGUUAUCUUUCCUCGGGACACCAAAGCAGUCAACAAAUUGAAAGAAGAUCUAAACCUAUGCCUAGGUGGUGCACAAAGGCUGCAGCCAAGAAAGCCUUCCAAAAAGCCACCAGCUAAACCCUCACAAAGAACAAGGGUUGGCCCUUUACCCACCCAAUCACCCAUUACUCAAAACAAUUCUCCAGCAGAACCACCACCACCACCAGCAGCAGCACCACCAGCAGACCAUGAUGAUGACCAAUCCAAUUCCUUAGAUGAUGGGGGGUCAUGUACCACAUCUUCAUCAUCCGAUUCUAAUCCUUGUUCCAACAAAUCAUCAACCAUUGAUAAAGAUGGACAGUGGGAACCCAAGCCAUUUGAAAUUGAAUACUGUGUGCCCACUCCUACUCAAUGGAAAAGAUAUCAAGAAGAGGGGGCAAUGAGUUGCUGGCUACAUGUGGAAACACUUUAUACAAACAUUGAGUUGCAUCUUGCCAUGAAUGAAAUCUAUUGUGGUGCAAAAUUCUGCCACAACAAACAUGGCUGCCGAAUUUUGUCUGGGAAUGAUAAGUCUACUGUGGGAGUAGAUAAGAUGAAAGGAUUGUUUAUAAUUCCCAAAGAGACACCCCUGGUUAUAAACUCAGAGAUCCAGGUUGUGCGACCCAACUCCAACAUUUGGAAGAAAAUGCCAGAGGUGAAUCUUUCAUUGCUUAUCAAUACUGCCAUCUUUUUGCACCAAUUGAAAGGCAAAGCCUACAACUACAAACGCUCAGAGCAUGCAAUUCAAAUUCCCUUUGGACUUGUCAACCCCUGUCGUCAAUGGUCUGGGUUUCCACUACUUCAGAGAUGCAAGGAACUUAAUGAUUGGCAGAAGGAUAUCUUUCUAACUCAUCUUGGGAUGAUAUGUGAUAACAUAUCUAUCCAUAUAGAUGAAUUUCAGCGGCUGGCAGGGAAGCAACCAUUAUGCCAAAAUGAAGAUAGGGACAAGAGGUAUGCUGCCCGCUUUAGACAGAAAUUGAAGCUGGCACCUCAUUCAAGAAUGAGGAAAGAAACAGCCUUUCUCACCUUCUCACCCAUUGGCCCAAACCAUUUCCCACAUAACAAGGACCAUUGUGAUACAUCCAAUCCUGUUGAAGAUGGAUAUCAUGAAACUGGAUGUCAUUCACAGGUGGUGACCACCAAUGGUGUUGACAUGUACCUAUUUCAAGUAAUCAUUGCCAGUCGUAAAUGGAUCUCAAGAGAUUGUGUGAUGAAUGAACACUCCUAUGACCCCUUGUCGGAUGCAGAUGGUGCUGAAGAAGGUGGUGAUGCAGAUGAAGCUCACAGAGGAGAUGAUGACAAACAAGAAAGCAUAGAUGAUGAUGAGGAAACUGAAAAUGGUUAUGAGGAAAGAAGCCAUGAUGAUGAUGAUGAUGAUGAUGAUGAUGAUGAUGAUGAUGAUGAUGAUGAUGAUGAUGAUGAAAGUGAAAUUGGGGAUGCAAGCAAGGAAGACGAAGCUACCUUUUUGAACAUUGGGGAAGAACUCCUGAUUGGUUUUGUUGAUAAGGGACCUGGAGGACAACUCGAACUUAAACCACUCCGUAAUUUGAAGAUUGGGAUGGUAAUGUAUGUCUGUCCAUACAUACCAGUUGAUCUAUUGGCACCACUUGUACAAUAUUACAAGUCUGACACUUACAUGGAGAAGUUCAAGAAUUGCACUGGAAUUGUGAACCAUAGUAGUGGAAAAGGAAGUGCCAGCCCUCCCCAUGCUGAAUAUCUAAUGUCAGGGCCUUCCAACUGGCAUGAGCAUGAGUCCAAUCUAAUGCAUGCAAUCCAAAAAGCCCUGGAGUUGGAGACAGGACAUGGUUUUUCAUACAAUGACUGUGGUUGUAUCAGGACUGUAAAUGGGAUGUAUCAUCAGCCUUCUCAUGUAGAUCAUGGGAAGGCUCUGCAGCUGCAUCAUUGA